AGUCGGCCGCCGCUAAUAGCCGACCCUGUCGAUUGCCGUUCCCCCAACCCAGAUUAAUUUCCCCGCAUCGUCUGCAACUCGCAUCGGCGCAGUCUCCGAAGUCGUGAGCACGAAAGUGGUUGUUCUGUUGGGCACCGGAUGUUCUCAGAUAAGGCAUCGCAUUUAAUACAGCGGUUGCCCCCAAUUGCAGUUUUAUACUACUCCACAAACUCAUCGCCCUUCACUUUGUUGAAUUUUGCAAUGUCCGUCGACAAUGAACUCAGAGGGCGGGUUGCGCUGAUCACUGGUGCCUCUGGAGGCAUCGGCUCAGGGUGUGCCCGAGACCUCUAUCGACAAGGCUGCCAUCUGGCCUUGACAUACUCUAAGAACAAGGCGAGUGUUGACACUCUCCUCGCGGAACUCCAAGCGUCCUCGUCGGAUCAAAAGAUCUCCACACAUCAGGUAGACAUGGCGUCGGCAGAACAGAUGGAGAAUCUUUAUGCAGAGAUCGAGACAGAGCACGGCCAUUGUCCAGACAUCCUGGUUGCCAAUGCUGGAUAUGGGAAAAGAAUACCACAAAUCGGGGACAUUACGUAUGAAGAGUUUGAUUAUACCAUUCAAAUCAACCUGCGGGCGCCUUUUAUCCUCGCCAAACUGGCUGUGCCGCAUAUGAGCGAGCAGAAAUGGGGACGCAUUAUCAUGAUCUCGUCAAUCAGCGGGUAUGGUGGUGGCAUAAAUGGCUGCCACUAUGCCAGUUCCAAGGCAGGCUUGAUGGGUAUGGUGAAGAAUCUGGCACUGAAGCUUGCCAAGGAUGGCAUCACCGUCAACGACGUCGCACCCGCAAUGAUCGGUGAGACUGGUAUGAUACCCAAUGCCAAAUUCCUCGAGGGAACGCCUGGAGAUGUGCGAAAUAUACCUGUAGGCAGAUUAGGGACGCCGCAAGAAUGCGCCAAUGUGGUGACAAUGUUGUGCAAAACUGGAUAUUUGACUGGACAGAGUAUCCUUCUAUCGGGAGGAUUGAAAUAGAAACCAGAUACCCAACAGGCAAUGAUGGCAUCUCCUGUACUUUGGU